AUGGGAGGCUCAGGUGGAAAGCCGAUGCUGAUGCUGAUGCUGAUGCUGAUGCUGAUGCUGCUGCCGGCGAACCUGACGAAGAAGGCGCGCGCUGCAAUCUCAUCUCCUGCAUCGCACCUCCUCUUUUCGGGUAGCGCGCCCCCCUCUAGCCCGCCAUGUCUGUCGCGGCCAGCCCCGUCGACACUGGCCCUUCACCAAGGCCUUGCCAAAGAUCGAGGUACCAGCCCUGCCUUGAUUUUCAAACCCACCAGGAACGCUUGGACCGUCCGGUUCGCAGCCUUGCUAACUUCCGACCCGACUCAGCUUCAUGCACACCUUACGGGAAGCAUCAGUCGCAAAUGUUUGCACGACAUCUGGGCCACCAAAAAGGCUCGCGACGCUGCUUUGGAACUCCAAGAUCCCCUGAGUGCAAUGCCAUCAGGCAAGGUCGACUAUGACAUCAAUACGUACUAA